GAAGUCGCGGUGCAUUGUGGGUUCGGAUAGAGCGGCGGAGUUGAGCCUGAAUGAAAGUGGCGCGCCGCCCCUGAUGUUAUCCGGCUAGGAGCGGCUGGCGUUCGGAUCCCAGGCGGUGUUCGGGUGCCGCGGACCUCUGGUGGGCACCAGACCUCGAGGAGGCGACGGCAGAGGCGCGGCGAGUGUUGGUGAAGCCGAGCGGCUCUGCGCGGCCCCAAGACAUGGCUCAAAACAAGAUCCCACCGCGGUGGCUGAACUGUCCUCGGCGCGGCCAGCCGGUUGCAGGAAGAUUCUUACCUCUGAAGACAAUGUUAGGACCAAGAUAUGAUAGUCAAGUUGCUGAAGAAAAUCGAUUCCAUCCAAGUAUGCUCUCAAAUUAUCUAAAGAGUCUAAAGGUUAAAAUGGGCUUGUUGGUAGACCUGACAAAUACUUCAAGGUUUUAUGAUAGAAAUGACAUAGAAAAAGAAGGAAUCAAAUAUAUAAAACUUCAGUGUAAAGGACAUGGUGAGUGCCCUACAACUGAGGUUACUAAUACAUUUAUUCGUCUGUGUGAGCGGUUUAAUGACAGAAAUCCACCUGAACUUAUCGGCGUUCAUUGCACCCAUGGUUUCAAUCGUACUGGCUUCCUCAUAUGUGCCUUUUUGGUGGAGAAAAUGGAUUGGAGUAUCGAAGCAGCAGUUGCUACUUUUGCCCAAGCCAGACCACCAGGAAUCUAUAAGGAGGAUUAUUUGAAGGAACUUUUUCGUCGUUAUGGUGAUAUAGAAGAAGCACCACCCCCACCUCUAUUGCCAGAUUGGUGUUUUGAAGAUGAUGAAGAUGAAGAUGAGGAAGAGGAUGGAAAAAAGGAAUCGGAACCUGGGUCGAGUACUUCCUUUGGCAAAAGGAGAAAAGAACGGUUAAAACUGGGUGCUAUUUUCUUGGAAGGUAUAACUGUGAAAGGUGUAACUCAAGUAACAACUCAACCAAAGCUAGGAGAGGUACAGCAGAAGUGUCAUCAAUUCUGUGGCUGGGAAGGGUCUGGAUUCCCUGGAGCACAGCCCGUUUCCAUGGACAAGCAAAAUAUUAGACUUUUAGAGCAGAAGCCAUAUAAAGUAAGCUGGAAAGCAGAUGGUACUCGUUAUAUGAUGUUGAUUGAUGGCACAAAUGAAGUUUUUAUGAUUGAUAGAGACAAUUCAGUGUUUCAUGUUUCAAAUCUGGAAUUUCCAUUUCGUAAAGAUCUUCGUAUGCAUUUAUCAAACACUCUUUUGGAUGGGGAGAUGAUUAUUGACAGAGUAAAUGGACAGGCUGUUCCUAGAUAUUUGAUAUAUGACAUCAUUAAAUUCAAUGCACAGCCAGUUGGAGAUUGUGAUUUUAAUAUCCGUCUGCAGUGUAUAGAACGAGAAAUUAUAAAUCCUAGACAUGAAAAAAUGAAGACUGGGCUCAUUGACAAAACACAGGAACCAUUUAGUGUCAGAAAUAAGCCAUUUUUUGACAUUCAUACUUCAAGAAAGCUACUUGAAGGAAAUUUUGCCAAAGAAGUCAGUCAUGAAAUGGAUGGACUUAUAUUUCAGCCUAUCGGGAAAUAUAAACCUGGCCGAUGUGAUGAUAUUUUGAAGUGGAAACCUCCUAGUCUGAAUUCUGUGGAUUUUCGCCUGAAGAUAACAAGAAUGGGAGGAGAAGGGUUACUUCCUCAGAAUGUUGGCCUUCUGUAUGUUGGAGGUUAUGAAAGACCCUUUGCACAAAUUAAGGUGACAAAAGAGCUAAAACAGUAUGACAACAAAAUUAUAGAAUGCAAAUUUGAGAAUAACAGCUGGGUCUUCAUGAGACAGAGAACAGACAAAAGUUUUCCUAACGCCUAUAACACUGCCAUGGCCGUGUGCAAUAGCAUCUCAAACCCUGUCACCAAGGAGAUGCUGUUCGAGUUCAUUGACAGAUGUGCUGCAGCUUCUCAAGGACUGAAGCGAAAGCAUCAUCUGGACCCCGACGCGGAGCUCAUGCCACCACCGCCUCCCAAAAGACCGCGGCCUUUGACCUAAACCCUGCCUUGACUUCAGGGUUAAGAGGAGAGAUGAGUGAGAAAAAAAAUCCUGUUGCCCCAUUUGUUUUGCAGCCAGAGAAGUUCAGAAAUGAGUGUGGCUUGAUGUUGAUAGACAGCUGAAUUUUUUUAAGCAAAGGGUAUUGUAGCCAGCCUGUAAAUAUUUGGUGCAUUUGUUUUGUCAGUGCUACAGUACAUCAUAGACUUAAAACGUUUUAUUUAUAUCUGAUAAACUCAGCCUUACCUUGUGGAAUCUGAAGAUUGAAAUAUCCAAAGGUUUACCCAAGAUUGAAAUCAAUGAAAAAGAGGCCUUGUUUAUAUAUGGAUACCUUUCACAUUUAAUUUAUAAAGUUGGCAAUCUGGAACUGUGAGCACAUAAAACACUGUAUUUUUUCAAAGUUGUUUCAACUAUGACAAAUUUUCCUUUUAAAAAAUUUAGGCAAUGGCAUUAAACAUUCUUGCUAUCGUUUAUCAUGGAUUUCCUAUAUUUCUGAGAUUCCUGUAUUCAAAUACAAAUGACAAGGUUGUUAAGUAUUGUACUAUAUUAAACAACUUAGUCUGGUUUCUAUCAUUUUAAGAAUUUUUUUUUGAAAUGUAAAAGUAAAAAAAUGAAACUCCGUUUUUGUGAACUGCAUCAUUUCUAAAGGAAGAAUUUUGAGUGCUUUCGUCUUGUUUCUCUCAUUUGAACGACGGCGUCAGAUAUCCACUGUGUCCGUUCUGGCGAUGGUGUUGAGUUCCCUCGCAGAGCCUCGCUGGCACCACCGGCUCCUUUUUGUGGUGUUCUCCUGGGGGAGCUUUCACUUUGUGAAUGCCGGGGCGACUUCUGCUUUACCUUACAGGUCUCUGCACAGUGGAAAUGGCAUUGAAACACACAACUCACAGUGAUCUGCGGGAGUGAUAUCAGACACAAUGUUGUGUUAGUUCCCUCGAACCAAACAGCAAAGGAAAUGCCAGCCAAGUCCUUUGAUAAAAAGGUUGUGUCACCGUAUCGAGUGCUGUCACUGGAAAAUGCUCUCCUACUGCUAGACAAACGCAGAGGUAAAGCGUCGACAUUUGUAGGCACGAAACAUCAAGGAAACCGAAGCUAGUUUCAGAGCCAGAAUUCCAUCUGUAUUCUAUUCUAGGGAUGUUCUUUCUGUUAUACAUCUGAAUUUUAAAAUGUUUACUCAUAGUUAAUGGGUUUAGAGGGCAGCCAGUUGGUCAUCUGCCCUUGUUGACUGUGUCCUGACUGGUUUGUGAAGGAACUCUGAGAAUUAGCUGAUUAGUGGCUAAUAUAUUUAUUUUUAGAGGUACAGGUUUUAAAUGUAUGUAUUUAAAACAUUUUCGUGAUCUGAAUUUUAUAAAUGUAUAUGCAUAUACAUACAAGUAUAUGCAACAAUGUAUAUUCUUCUACUGAUGCAGUCAGACAUGAAAAUCCAAAUGAGUUCCCUAGUAGACUGAAUGUGACAGGAUUUCUCUAUGACAUAGCACAGAUUAACCAAAAAUGUAUUUAUAUUCAUCCGCGUUUUCAUGUUUUUAAGCAGAGUUUUCUCCGGUAGUGCUUUUCUAUAUGAAAUGCCAAGGUCAUGCUUGGGCUCUUUUCCUUUGUUGUUCCCAAGUAAAACAUAAUGUGUAGUGAAUUUAUCCAAAACAUCACGGUAAUGUUUUCUCCUAGAGUGCUUUUGCGUGUUUGGGCACGGAAGGGAUUAAAACACCUGACUGCCACAACGCCUGUUGAAAGAGGGAAACUUCUCAAGGUUCCACAGUGUCUUUCCUUGCAGUGGAUCUCAAAACGCCUAUGCAACCCCCAAGUAGUCGGAUGCCGGCUUCCCCGGGACUAGGGACUCUUCACACAGGACGCUGCUUGCUGCAGACCCGUGCAAAGGCAGAGCUCUUAUGCAGAUACAGAAGCAAGCUUUUGCCAAUGAUCUUUAAUGGAGUUAAAAUGUUUAUGGUAAUUGUAACCUUUUAAAUGAGUUAUGUGAAAAGAGCAUCUCAUUUUUAAUACACCCAGAUAUUUUCUCCCUUGUCUUUGUGCAUUUUAGUAGGACUUGAUUUCCUUAAUUUAUCCUCUCCUUUCAAUCAUAGCAAAGUGUAAUAGUUGGUCUUCUGAGUAGAUCCCCUGGAACCCUGAACACCCCUGCCCUGCAGUGUCCUCAGAAGUCCUGUGGAAGGUGGGGGGGGGGGGGUGGUCUUGAGGCAGGACACGCCUCCUCUCUCAGCCUACUUCGCAGUAACUGUUUUCCAAGACCGAAGUUUUUUAAACAAGAAUAUGAAAACUUUGUUCUUCUGAGUUAUCACAUGUAAAAGCUUUUGGUUUCUGUUUGAAAAAGGUGUGGAUGACUACUGCCUGGAUAGUUACAUUUGCUUUCUGUGAAAUGCUCAGAAAAUGUCAGAACAUUCCUUCUCUCAUUGUGUGUCAGUGUGAAUUGUAAUAAAACUACUGAUUUAACAUA